AUGUGUGUGCUCAUCAUCACCCACUUGCUUCCUUUGGCGGAAACGAUAGGACCGGAUUGCCGUACGGUCCUCGCUGCGGACACGAACCGUGACACCUUCUACAUACUGUUGAACCACAUGCAGAUGCACCAAAGCUCGGAGACUCUGACGUGGCACGUUGUUUCUGGCUCACUGCGUGGAUUCCUGGCAACGAAGGCUGGAUCGAAGGCCGCUUUUCUGCAGGCUGCUUCGUGUGGUCUGCUUUUGGUCAACCCAUCAUUGGGACACGAGAUCGUCGAGGGACCCCUCUCUACCACGCUUACAGCCAUCACCCAGAAAAGUGAUCCAUGGCAAGAUGUUGAGUUGGCAACCGGCAUCCCUGAAGGGAAUAGCUCACAGCCUCAAUUGCCGUCACACCCAGUGGAUCUUUCCAUUCCUGCGGCAAUCUUGUUGCAUCCAGACCCAAAAAUCUCUCGAAUCACCAUCUGA